UAUUCCAGAUAAAAAGCACAAACAUGAGCAAGCUAAUUCUAAUAGCAGGUCUCUGUUUGAUUAUGACCAGUUUGGCCUCUUCCUCCAUACUGGUGUGUUACUACACCGAAUGGUCAAAAUAUAGAACUGGGAACGGCAUGUUCACGGUUUCAGAUAUUGAUUCAAACCUGUGUACCCAUGUGAUCUACGCCUUUUCUGACAUUAAUGAUGCCAAUGAGCUGGUACCAAGCAUAGACACACAAAGUUACCAACCCUUUAAUGGACUAAAAGAUAGAUUCACCACAAUGGUAUCAACAGCAGCAAACAUGAACAAAUUUAUCCAGUCAUCUAUCACACUACUGAGAAAUGAGGGGUUUGAUGGAUUAAACCUGGACUGGGAAUUUCCUGGACAAGGAGGGAGUCCUCAACAGGAUAAACAGAGAUUCACACUGUUGUGCCAGGAACUCCGAAAUGCUUUCGAGUCUGAGGGAACAGCAACUGGCCGCCCCAGAUUAUUGGUCACUGCUGCUGUGUCUGCUGUCAAAGGAUCCAUCGAUGCAAGUUAUGAAGUCACAGAGAUUGCCAAGUACCUGGAUUUCAUCAAUGUGAUGACAUAUGACCUUCAUGGCACCUGGGACGGGGUCACAGGACAUCACAGUCCCUUAUACCAAAGUUCCCAAGACACUGGAAGUCAAACAUACUUAAAUACUGACUAUGCAAUGCAGUAUUGGCGAGACCAGGGGGUUCCUGCUGAAAAACUAAUUUUGGGAUUUCCUGCAUAUGGGCGAACAUUUACCCUGUCCUCUACAUCCAGUAAUGUUGGAGCACCAAUCAGUGGUGCUGGCUAUGCGGGCAGUUACACCAUGGAGGCAGGCUUCUGGUCCUAUUAUGAGGUUUGUCUUAAUCUUAACGGAAAAACAGUCAAUUGGAUUGAAGAACAGAAAGUUCCAUAUGGUACCACAGGAAACCAGUGGGUUGGAUUUGACAACAUAGACAGCAUUAAUGCUAAGGUCAACUACAUAAAGGCAAACAACUUUGGAGGAGUCUUUGUCUGGUCUCUGGACCUGGAUGAUUUCAAUGGGCAGUUCUGUGGUCAGGGCAAAUACCCCCUCAUCAGCUAUCUGCAUAGUCUUCUGGUUUCAGGCAAGCCCAAAGAUUAUGAAGUGUCUAUCCUAUUUGGUAAAAUGGUAGUGAUGUUUUUGAUGAUCAUACAGCUCUGUAAGAACUGGAUCAUCAAAUAG